AUGGCGGUGACGACUUUCGAUGGACAAUUCAGCUUCAAGCAGGACUCACUGGCCCGUCUUGGCAAGCGGGAGACCUCGAAGAUGAAUGCAGACCAAUAUGCGGCCUUCCAAAACAGCCCUUUCAUGCAAGGAGUUCGCAAGACGGAGGACCUAUGUUGGACCUUCACUUGUGACCGGGACGAAAAGCGCAAGAAAACCGACCCAUCGUUCAAGCCUGUGGAUGAUGAUUUCUCGGCUCCGAAAGCACACGAGUUUGACCGAUGUAUCAACUACUACAAGGUCCUUGGCAUAGAUGAGUUUUCGACCCUGGAAGAGGUCAAAAAGGCCUACAAGAAGCUCUCGCUCGUGUACCAUCCAGACAAAACCUCUGGCCUGAGCACGGAACAGAAAGAGGAGUACGCUGCCAUCUUCAUUGAGCUGAAGAACGCAUACUUGACACUGGGGGACAAUCCCACCCGUCGUCAGUAUGAUCGGGAACGUGACAGGGACAAGGCCUCCUUCGAGGUGAACGGCUUCAAGCCGAAGACCCGUGCACAGUUUGAUGCUAGUGAAGUCCUCAAGAAGCUGCAGGAGAUGCAAAAGCCUCCUGGCAAGCACAUUGACGUGCCAAUGGCCGUGAAACUAGAGAAGUUCUUCUAUGGUGGUCACAAGGGCAUACGGCGAAGCAGGCGUGUGAAGGAUUUCGGAGGCUUGAAAGAUGAGAUCCGAGUCUAUCGUGUCGACAUCCCAAGAGGUGCAACCGAACCUCACGACGUAACCUUCAGAUCUGGCGGUGACCAUCACGAGGACACACGACCGGACACACUGUGCUUCAAAAUGUCGUCCAAGCCGCAUGCUGUCGUGGAGCGCCAGGGUCAGGACUUGUUGGUUCGAUCGCGAAUCGGACUUGGCCAGAACGUGCAGCACGAGCCUAUGCUUUGGGUGGAGACGGCGAGCGUGGCUGGCAGACAUCUGUUGCUUUGGGGCAAGAACCCGUUCUACCACAAUACCGCUUCUGGUCAGGGCGACUUGCGAGUCCAGGUGAAGGGAGAGGGCCUCACGACAGCUGGCUCUCUGCAUUUCGUGUGCCGAGCUGGCGUCACAAACGUGGCCCCGGUGAGGAGCUCCGCAAAGCCAGCUGCGGUGGCUGCUGCGGACCAGGUCGUGGUGACGGUCAAGCACAUGCAGACUGAGGGCAAACUCCACCUUCGAGUGGGCAAGACUUCCACGAUUGCCGAGAUCCGGAGCAAGAUCAUGGAUGUCGUGGGAUUGCCCCGCAGUGCGACGGUGCGGAUGUUGCAGCACUUCUCCGGCGGGUACACCCCAUUUUCCGAGAGGCAGCAGCUCGGUUCGAUACGUUCCCUGAACUGUGCAGGAACUGCCUGGCAUGGGCCGGACUUUUCGCCCUCGCGGUCAAAGCAAUUCCUUCUGGAUGUGGUUGCCUCGAGUGAGAAGAGCUCGUUCCAGGCGAAGCUAGCAGCGGCUUCCAAGACUUCGCCUGGGCAGUCCGAGGUGUGGGUGGCGCUGAGCGACAUCCUCCCAGAGUACGGCUUUGAGCCGACAGCAGCCGCUGCAAAGGAGAAAGUGAGCCUGGCGCUGCAACAGGUGCAAGAGAUAUCGGGCUCGGAGGGGCUCAUUGAGAGAGUCAGAACGCUGCAAGGCUUGACUGCAGCAUCGGCGAAGGGACUUGCGAAGAAUGGCCUAAACGGGCAUGCUCGAGGCACAACGGGGAAGGCUGUCGGCAGGACUGUCCGGGACUUCCUGCACAUGCACGGCCUCGGGCCUCCCGAUGGCUGGAAGGGCUCCUCAACGGCCUCAACGGCCACAGCAGCAGCUGGCCUGAAGCAUGGUCAUGGAGGCCUCUGCGAUGCGCCGGCCAUGCUCAGACGUCAAGCUCGCCGGGAGCAGGGAGAUCCAACAUGCGAGGUCGUGCUUGAGCCCCUUGGAGAGCCAAUGGUCCUCUUCACGAAGCCCACAUGCACUGUGACCUUCUACACCAACCUGGGGCAAGCGAGGUCCCGGUCCGGUCCACGAAGCCUGGCUCCCCUUCCCACCUAUGCCAUCUCCAUUUCCUCUCCGCCCUGUGCAAAGAAGAAGGCUCAGCCCGAAUGGCAGUACUUGAAGGAAAGCCUCGUUCCCUUGCUCAAGAUGACAGCCUUCCACAUGUUCAAGGCUUGCCGGAAAAUCUUGCCACGUUCGUUGGCCAACGCUCCAGCGCCACCACCGCCUGGUGAUGGGCGACAGGCUGCGGAGCCUUUGGCCAUGCCAUGGAAAGGUCUCGGCGAUGAGGCUUUCAAGCGGGGUGAUUUCUACACAGGAGCGAGCUUUUAUACCAGGUGUCUGGAAGACAGACCCGAGACGGACGAUUGUAAAGCCGAAGCAGCAGUGCUGUCAAACCGCUCUGCCUGCUGGGCCAAGGUCGGCCAAUUUCAGGCAUCCAAAGAAGAUGCCCAGCGUGCUCUCGAGCUUUACCCGAACUGGGGAAGGGCUUGGAGCCGAAUUGGCCUCGCCAACCUGAAGAUGGGUCAGGGCAAGGAGGCCUUGGAGGCCUAUCGCAAGGCGGUGGCCUUUGAUCCCUCCAGUUCGAACGUCGAUGCCUUGGCCUCCGUGGCGCAUCAGUUGCACUCCGCGGAUACCGAUCUUGCGCACAAAGAGAAGGAAGAGGGCAAUAUGGCCAUGCGCAGCAAUGAGUUUGGCUUGGCAGCAGCGCACUACACAGCAGGUCUCGCUAUGGUUCCUGCAGAGGUGAAGGCAUCGGUUCCGGAUGGCGUCCCGCCAGAGGACGAGCAUGCCCUCCUGCGGUCAGUUCUUUUUUCCAACCGAGCGUCGGCCUUCAGCCAGCUCAAGAACUGGCGCCAGGCCUCCUCCGAUGCAGAGAAGGCCGUGGAGAAGAAGAGCGACUUCGUCAAGGCCCGAACUCGUUUCGGGACUGCCCUCUUGGCGUGCGGCCAAGUGGAGAAGGCUUAUGUACAGUUUGCCCAUGCGCUGAAGCUGGAGUCCAACAACGUGGCAGCGUUGAAGGGCCGUCAGGCUUGCAUCAGCCUCUUGCCCCUCUGGCGCACGGUGCCAGCCAGACAGCGCUUCCGUGAGCGAUUCGGAGUCGACCUUUGGCGUCCAAAGGGUACCACCAAGGUUUAUGUCAUCUCCGACGUGCACUUUGACCACAAGUGUAACGAGGAGUGGGCGCACCGAAUCGACGACUUCGAUUUCCAAGAGGAUGUAUUGAUCGUGGCCGGCAACCUCUGUGACACAAGGAACGCGCUUGUGCGAGCGCUGACGACGCUGAAGGCCAAGUUUCGCCGAGUGUUCUACGUCCCCGGAAAUCAUGAGCUUUGGCUUAAUCCCACAGAGGCUACGAAGUACCCAGACUCAUUGGCCAAGCUGCUUGGGAUCAUGGAGACUUGCGAUGAGCUGGGUGUGGACUGCUUCCCUUCCGCGGUUUGCGAGGACAUCUUCGUGGUGCCACUGCUGUCCUGGUACACGGCCGAGUUUGAUGAGAAGGAUCCCUUCCCGGACCCGAACGCCAACUUCGACCACCAGUGCCGAUGGCCGCUGGACCCUGACGCGCAGGUGUGGAAGUACAUGCUGAAGCUGAACGAAGCGCACCUUCAGCAUCCGUACCACGGAAAUGUCAUUACCUUUUCGCACUUCCUGCCGUCGAAGAGCUUGCCUUUUGCUGCCUUCGGGCGUGCAGCGAAGGCAAUGGGCUGCGAAGAUCUCAAUGAUCAGGUCAGGUCCAUCCGCUUGCGAAACAGGGUGCAUGUCUACGGCCACUCAAGCAGGCACUUCUCUCAGUUCGAGGAUGGAAUCCUGUACGUGAACCACUUCCAUGGCACCGAAGGCGGCCAAGCCGAGCGAUCGCCCCUUUUCCUAGUCCACGAUGGGAAGGCCAUCGUGAAGCGAGAAGUCGAAAUUUACUCUGGGCCGAUGAGGUUGUGA